AUGUCUGAUAAACAAGAAUCCCCAUUGCAUACCGUUGGCUUCGAUGCCAGAUUUCCUAACGUAAACCAGACUAUGCACUGCUGGCAAUCGUACGUGGAUUACCACAAAUGUAUCAACAUGAAGGGCGAAGAGUUUGCUCCAUGCAAGGUCUUUUUCAAGACUUACUCGUCAUUGUGUCCUUUGGACUGGGUGGAAAGAUGGGACGAACAGAGAGAAAAGGGCAAUUUUGCCGGGGACAUUAAGCCAUGA